GAGACGCAGAGCAGCGCGUACACACGGCGGAGGCGUAACACCAGCGGGCGUUGAAAAAUGGCGACUGUUACCGAGCUGAAAGCUGUUUUAAAGGACACCUUGGAAAAAAAGGGUGUGUUAGGACAUUUAAAAGCAAGGGUCCGUGCUGAAGUCUUCAAUGCCCUGGAUGAUGAUCGUGAACCCCGACCAUCGUUAUCUCAUGAAAACCUUCUAAUUAAUGAAUUAAUUAGGGAGUAUUUGGAAUUCAACAAGUAUAAGUAUACAGCCUCUGUCCUCGUAGCAGAAUCUGGUCAACCUGUGGUUCCACUGGACAGACAGUUUCUCAUCCGUGAACUAAAUGCCUUUGAAGAAUCAAAGGAUAACUCAAUUCCUCUGUUGUAUGGAAUUCUAACCCAUUUCCUGCGUGGUCCUCCAGAUGGCAUUCAGAACGUGCUUCUGACAGAGUCAACACUCCAACCUCCAAACAAGCAUCUCAGCUGGAAGCCAAGCAGAAGGCCAACGGAUGACCACCUAAGGAAGGACAUGGGGCCAAGCACCACGACUGAAGAGCGUCAUGCUGCUGCACAGGCAGUCAGUAGAUGACGUGACCACCAGGCUCUCUGACCUCCGCUGUGUGUGGAGGAACUGCUGUCCCAGUGCCAUCAAUUGGACACCACAUUGUAAACAUUUGAGCUGCUUAUGUUUUACUGCAUCGGUGAGAAGCUAAUAUGUCAUCUAGCUUGCUGGACGCCUCUGGGGGGAAAUGUAUUGUUUUCAGGAUGUAUUAGCUUGUGAAAACUGAAAGGGACUUUUAGU